CCGUGCGACUUCGUUCUCCUUCGGCGUCUCGAAUUUCAUCUAAAGGGUCGUCGUUUCGAUAACGUCGAAGAAGUGGAAGCUGCCACGACGACAGCGCUGAAAGUGGUUGCAGAAAACGGUCCGCAAUCUCGUUUCGCCCAAGUGUAGGACCGAUAGAAAAAAAAAAAAGACUGCUAAACUUAGAUCACGCGGUGACGUGACUUCCCUCAAUGGAUUGGUAAGAAAAAACAUUCAGUCCGACAACUUAUGGAUAAGUUCUUGUAGUUGUUGUUCUCGUUUUCUUGGAGUGACCAUAGCAUACGAGAAACGGAGCGAAGUCUCAAAAUCAAAUAUCAGGGCAUAAAUUCACCUAAUCGAUUGCCACUGUCGUCAUUCUCGCUCAUGAAACGAAAGCAAGACGCAGGUGCAAUAAGGAAGUACGAAAAGGAGUGCGCUGACUGCUCGACCUAGACCGGCGAAAAAUGGGAAGAGGAAGCGGAGGACAAUUGGCUCUCACUCUCUGCUGUGUGCUGGGAAGCCUAUGGUUCACCUGGGGCUUCCCGGAUGGUGCGCCUAUCGAGGCUUGCAUCCUGGAUAAUCCAAAUCGUCCUAAUCAUGGAUAUGCGCCCCAGGACACGAGAGUCAACCCUUCUCCGUACCUCGUUGUUGCCUCCAAUUACGUCUAUCAACCGGGAGAAAAAAUCGAAGUGGUGAUUGCGAACCAUCCGUUCCAAGGGUUCUUCCUUCAAGCAAGAGACAUUGAUACAAACAAAUGGAUCGAAGGAGGACAAUUUUUGGCUGGAAAAGGAAUCCAGCCCAUUCCAGAAUGCUCGGCUGUCACACAUUCGGACAAGUUACAGAAACCGGGACUGCGACUCGUUUGGGAACCUCCCCAGGGGAAGAAGGGUUUUGUCUACUUCACGGGAACUGUGCUCCAGAACUAUACAACAUUUUGGUCCGAUAUCAUUGCCUUGGUUCCCGAUCCCAACCGGCAGCGAGGGUAGAGAUUUUUUCAUUCAUUCCACAAGGCACCCAUUAUCAUGCUAACCCCACUGACUGUCCUGUGUCAAUCUUGUGAUCUCAUUCCGAUUGUUCAGAAAUGCCUCUCCAAGCACCUUCAUAAGGCAUUUCUUCCAUUUACGUAAACUCCUACUCACAAUUUCAUCCUAGCUAUCCUCACUCUCAUUUUUUUGUAUAAGAGUUGAAUGGAUGCUACAGAAUAAAAAAAUUCUCGAC